CGCAAUGGAGGGGAGCACCGCUGUCUAGCAGCACUAUCUGAUCUGCCUCCUCAACGGACUGACUAAGCCCCCUCCUCUUCAACAACACUCCUCCUCCUCCUCCUCCUCCUCCUCCAGGCAAGGAUGGUACCUCCGCCUCCCACCAACAAGCCCCACGUGUGCCUUUCCACCAUCCUGAUCAUGAGCAGCAUGGCGCUGAUUGAUGCCUACCUGGUGGAGCAGAAUCACGGACCACGCAAGAUCGGCAUCUGCAUCAUGGUGAUGGUGGGAGACAUCUGCUUCCUCAUAGUGUUGCGUUACGUGGCGGUGUGGGUGGGUGCUGAGGUACGCACGGCCAAGCGAGGCUACGCCAUGAUCCUCUGGUUCCUCUACAUUUUUGUGCUAGAGAUUAAAGUCUACUUUGUGUAUCAGAACUACAAAGCGGACAGGAAGAGCCUGGAUGCGCUCGCGAGGAAAGCGUUGACGCUGCUGUUGUCCAUUUGCAUCCCGGUGCUCUUUGUGGUGCUGGUCGCCAUCGACCACAUGGAGUACGUUCGAGCUUUUAAGAAGCGGGAGGAGAUCCGGAACCGUCUUUUUUGGGUGGUGGUGGACCUCCUGGACAUCCUGGACAUCCAGGCCAACCUGUGGGAGCCUCAGAAGAAAGGGCUCCCUCUGUGGGCCGAGGGCCUGAUGUUCUUCUACUGCUACAUCCUGCUGCUGGUGCUUCCCUGCGUGUCGCUGAGCGAGAUCAGCAUGCAGGGCAUCAACAUCGUACCCCAUAAGAUGCUCCUGUACCCCAUCCUGAGCCUCGUCACCAUCAACAUCAUCACGCUCUUCAUCCGUGGGGGGAACAUGAUCCUCUACAGGGACGCCCGCGUGUCGGGAAUCCUCAUAGGGAAGAACGUGCUGGCAAUCAUCCUAAAGACCUGCAGCUUCGUCCAGUACAGGAGACAGUUACAGAAUGCUUCCCCAGCCUUCGGAGUGGAGCUGCAGAAGAACUCGGUGGCCCAUGCCCGCCCGGCUCCCACUCCACCUCAAGUGGUGAUGCAGGACCAGACCCCCCUCCCUGAGAUGACUACCUGUGAGCACACAUGA